AUGAAAGUAAUUAUUACUCUUAAUUCUGAAUAACAUGAAAUUUAAUUGUAAGAUCCAACCAUUGAUGCUUUAAUUCAUGUUAUCUAAGAUUAAUUUAAUGUAAUUCUUUAAUAUUAUCAAUUAGAUAUCAUAUCAUUUUGAAUUACUUACAACUGACAAACAUACAUUGACUGAAAUAUAAGAAGGAAUGUAAAUUAUAGUCUAAAAAGUCUAAAAUGAUAAAGUAAAUUUAACAAAAUUUAAAUCAUUCUUUGCAAUAGCAGGAACAAUUAUUAAAUCAAAAACAAUAAGUCAUAAAUUCUCUCUAUAAAAAAUAAAUCAAAUAUCUAAAUAGAAAUCAUGUGAUUAAAUUUCAGACUCAAAAAUUUAGAUUCCAAAUCAAUAAUCUUAAUAAAUAGAUACAAAUAAUUAAUCAGUUGAUGAGUAAAAUAUUUAAAAAUGUGAAUUAUCAGGAAUUCUAUAAUAAGAUUCAGCUAUGAUUUUGGAUGAAAAAUAAUCUGAUAGAUAAUUAUUAAAUGAAUUACAAGAAGAAUCAGAAAAAAAACAAAAACCUCACAAUUCUCAAGAAUAAAAAAAGAGACCAAAAAAUACUUCCAUAAAAUAAUAGUCAUAAACAACCAAAGAUUAAGCUUUUGCAUAUGCAGAAGAAAUAGCUAAUAUUCCAAGACUUAAUAAAAGAUAAUAAAUUUUAUAGAGGAUGGAAGAAGACAAAGCAGAAAAAGAAAGAAUUGCAAAAUAAUAAUAAGAAGCCAAUAGAUUAAUUAAAUAAAUUUAAGAAAAAAUUAAAUAAAAGGAAUUGUUGGUUAAAUAAAAAGAAGAGGCUUUAUAGAUGCCUGAAUUAGAAAAAAGAAAAGUAUAUAUUUAUUAAAUUAAGGCUGUUCUAGCUUAAAAAAGAGAAUUGAGUUAACCUAUUAAAUUAAGUGAUUUGACAGAGCAUUAAAAGAAAUAUGAAGAAGACAGAAAAAUUAAAGAAUAUGAAAGAGAACAUCAUAAAUAAGAAUUGGAAUUUGAAAGUAAGCAAAAAUCUCUUAGAUUUCCUAAGAGUUAAGCUUAACUAAGAGUUGAAGAAGAAUAAAAGAUGUAAAAAUUGAUAAGAGAAUAAGAAAUGGAAUAAAAGAAGUUGGCCAGAUUGAAAUAAUUAAAAUAUGCAGAUGUUGCUUAAGAGAUAUAUUUUAAAGAUCAUCCUUAAAAACCUAAAUAAUCUCCACCUCCUAAAGAAGAGUAAUCUAAAUAAAUUAAAGAAAUUUAAAUUACUGAAUAGAACCUAAGAAAAAUUAAAAAAUUUAUACCUAAAUAAAGGCAUUUAAGUUAAGAUUCUAAAGAUUCUAUUACCGAUUAAAGCAAUCAUCAAGAAAAUCGACCACCAAAACCAAUGACUAAAAAGUUAUAAAAGGUUGUAGAAAAGGUUGAUAAACCUUCAGAACUUCCACCUAAACCUAAAACUACUGAUUAUCUCUAAUAAUUAAGAUAGUAAAGAAAAGUUUAAGUAAGCAUGGAAGAUCAAUGGGAAAAGUAUAUUAAUAUAUUAUUAUAGAAUAAUUGAAAAUAAAGGCUUAGAAAAUGAAUAGAAAGUUUAAAAUGUUUUAAAUAAUGUUUAAAAAUUAGAAUAAAAGGCAAAAGAAAGAGAAAAAUUAGCAUUACUAAAUAGAGAUAUAUAAGCAGAAGAAGAAGCAAAUAAUUUAUAUAUUGCAAGCAUAAGAGCUAAAUUAGCAAUAUUGGAGAAAAAUUGA